CUGUGCAUAUUUAAAUUUUUCAGAUGAUCACUAAAGAUUUUGUUUACUCUUUAAAUUGCAAAGGUGUAGGGAUAAAGGAGAGGCUGGUCCAAAGGUCAGGGUAAUAGCCUAGGACUUGGACUUAAACUGGCAGUUUCCUUCUCUUGCCACAGAUUUUGCAUGUAUUGUUGGGCAGAUCACCUUUGUGCUUUAAUUUGGUUUAAUAGUAAUACUCAAGUUAGUAGGAGUGUUGUGAGGAUAGAGAUACUGAAGCAACUGAUUAUAGAGGUGUAUAUGUUUCUGAAAUGGGAAACUAUUUUGUUCUGCAUCUCCUGUACUUGGCUGAUAUCUUACUUCUCUGUACUUGGUAGGUAGAGCUCUAACUUUUACUGUAUGGACUCUUGCUCAGUAGCAUGGGAGAAGAGGAAGGACUACAUCACACACAAUUAUUGAGGUUAAGCAUGCCAGUAGAAACUCGGGAGGAACGAGGAGAAACUGCCUCUCCAGUAGGUGAAAUACAGCCGUUGGGAUGUUUGCUUCUGUGUGAAGCAGUGGCUCCUGACUUCCAUCAAGUGUGGAGCUUAAUGGGAGCCAGGAGCUGGGAGCCCCUGCCUCUCCGAUGCCAUGACUUGUGGACCUGCUCACCCCUGGUUCCCGAGUGCCGUCUUUGGGACCCAGUCCGUAUGUUCCUGACCCCUGUUGUACCACACGGGCCAUUCUAGAACCUGGACACAAUGUUUGUGCGAGGAUUAAAGAGAAAAUGUUUUGAUGGCGAAGAAGAUAUUGAAGGAACUCUGGCUGGUAUUAAGGCUAUUCCUUCAUAUAAUCUUCAGCGGCAGUCACUUUUAGAUAUGUCCUUGGUUAAACUUCAGCUGUGUCACAUGCUGGUUGAACCUAACCUUUGUCGUUCGGUACUUAUAGCCAACACGGUACGGCAGAUCCAAGAGGAAAUGACUCAAGAUGGGACUUGGCAGAUGAUAAAUACCCAGAGUACAGGGCAGGCAUCCCUGGAUCGUCUUGUUUCAACAGAUAUCCUCUGUCGUUCAUCUAGGGAGCAGGCUGAAGGAAAGCAUGUUCCAAGCUAUAGUACUUUCAGUAAAGACUUUGAGGGUGACCAGGCACAAGAUAGUUCAGAAACUAUGUCAACAGCCCCUUCAGUGCAAGCUCCGAGAAACCUGCAGAGCAAUGUGUGGGAAAUGGAGAAUCCACAAGAAAAUAAAGGAAACUUUCAAAAAUCAUUAGAUCAAAUAUUUGAGACACUGGAGAAUAAAAGUCCUAAUUCUGUUGAAGAUCUGUUUUCAGAAGUUGACAAUUCUUACUAUGAUCUUGAUACUAUGUUAACAGGCAUGAUGAGCAACUCAAAAAUGGGACACUGUGAUGGGCUUGAAACAUUUUCUUCUCCAACAACUACAACUUCUAACUCUAAUUGUAAAUCUGAUCUUAAUGAGCUUGAUCAUAUUGUGGAAAUCCUUGUUGAAUCCUGAAACUCCUUGUAUAGGAGAUAAAGAUCUGUUAAUGGGAAAAAAAGACUCAAGAAAGCUAUUUCCACAGUUUGUUCUAUCAAAUCUGCACGUGUAUUUUACAAAUAUCUAUAUAUUAUAUAGAUAUCUAUAUUAAAAAGCACUUCAUAUUGCAAAAUAGUGUUAACUCUUAAAGUUAACCUGCAACUUGUAGUGUAAUCGAUUUAUUGUCCAUUGAACUGUAAGUACAUACGGUAAAUGUUUCCAAGUUUGGGGUCUGAGACUCUUGAAAUUGGGUUCCUUUUACCAAUUUUAGCCUUUGAUGGAGGAUAUGCUGAGUGAGAGGGAGUCUCUCAUCUUUUUCUUACACUUCUCCGAGUAAAAAUGGUAAUAAACAUAGAGAGAAGUUGGGUAACUGGUUUCCUAUUUUCCUCCGGUUUCCACUUUGUUACACCACAUAACUCGUACCAUAUCUGCUGCUUCUGUUCUAAGUCGCUACAUGGCUCUUAAAGAGCAGUAUGCAAUAGUUCCUGUUAUCCUAGCUAGCUUAUUCUGGUUUUUUGCUACAAUUUUUACUUCAAAAAUAGUUUUAAAGUGUUUACUGGUGUUUAGAUUUUUCCAGGUAUUUUCCUAAAAUAUAUUUUUACUACAGAUGUUAUGUCAGCUGCUAACUUAGUAACUUUUGAUCGUAUCUGCAGUUGAUGUAUUUUUUGAAAGAUUUUCAAAAAGGGAUGUUUUUUUACCGUGAGCUACCCAAUGUAGUUCAGUAAAGUGUAUGUAAAUGUAAAUAUACAAUUUUAUACUUUACAUUAAAAUGUAAGAGCUGUUUUCAUGAUUCUGUUUUAUAGAGUAGUACUUUACUAAAUUGAGAAUUGUACAAUUAUGCUUUUCAUACCCCGUAUACUUGAGUAUCAUUAGAGGAAGAGCUUUGAUCCAGCUAGAUACAAUUAAAUUUAAUUCAUUUCAGACCAUAUUUUUUGUUAACUACAAACCUAAAUUAUGUAGGUUUUUAUUUAUGUGUAUUUAUAUGUAAAUGUCAUCAAGUGAAUUGUUUAUCACUGAAGUCUACCAUCAAAUAUUUGUUUAUAUGGGAUAACUAUCUUGCACUAAUUACUACAAAAAGUGUUAUUAGCGGCCUUUAAAUCUCAACUGGUAUGUCAUGAUCUCUUGUCAUAAUUAAUAUGCUCCACUCUUACCAAGGGUUUCCUCUUGGCUUUUUUUAAUAACAAAAGAUAAUACAACGUGGGAUGGUGUUCUUUUCUUCAAGUACUCACAUUCGUUUUAGAGUGUGUAUAAUUAAGCUUAUUCCUAUGAGACUUUUUUGGGAGAAAGGUAUAGAUCAAGUACAGUUUAUGGUUUUGUUGUAAAAUGACAAAUGUUUACCUUCACAAGCUGGUACUGGGGAGGAGCUCCAAACUAGCAGGGAGGUAGAGAAGGGGAGAAAGAUUGACUGUUUUCUGGAAUGUGUUAGCAUUGGCUGUGCUAGGGGAAGACAUCUGCCAGUAACUCAAUGUUUUCUUGUAGACCCGAGCCAAGGAAGCCACUGAACGUGAACAUUUCUGCAUCUGACAGGCUCUGCCUUCCCACCAGUGACCUUGCCUACUACACACUAUGCUUUUCAGAUGCUCAAACCCCUAAAAAGGGGAGGGGGGGGGCAAGGGGGUGUUAAGGACAUUACAGUGUCACCUCCAUAAAAGGAGACCCACCACUGAGCUUUUGAUUUCAGCAAGUGCUUUAGAAGCAUCUGGUUUGGGGAAAAAUAACAUGGCUUUGCUAAAUUUUUCAAACUUGAUAGUUGAAUGCGUAUUAGCUCAGUCACAUGAAACCAUGCAGUUGGUGUGAGUCUUCAGUAAAUUUGAAAAUGUUUUUUGUAUCAAACUUGGUCACGAGAGAAGCCAUAGUUACUGUAGUAGUUAAACAUCACUUCCUCAAUUGAUUAAUAAGUUUGUAUUAAAUUAUGAAAUACCAUAUAGGUAACUUGCAAGCUCAAUCCAUGUAAUACAGCUGGACCAAAGAAACAAGGCAGUACUACAUGAUUUAAUCAAUAGAGAUUUCACUCAUAACUGAAAGGUGUGGCAGUAGUAUAUCCUGCUUCAGGAGGAUAUAAAUGUUGAUGUGAACUGUUGUAUCUCGCAGUGAUGUAACAGUUCUGUUUUGUUUGGCAGUGUGUGUUGCAGUAUCAGAGAUUCUUCCUUCACAGUUAUAAAUCCGCAGAACAUUAUUCUUGAUGCUUUUCUCUGUGUGAAUAGAUCCACUGAAUUGGACAGCAGAUGCUUUAGGGUAAAGCAGAAAGCCAGCAGUUUCAGAGUUCUAUAAAGGAAGCAUUAUCAUUGACUUGAAUAACUAAAUCUCUUCUGUCCCUCUGGGAAAGCCCCCCCAAACUGCUAUGAACUGUGUUCAAAACCCACAGGUUUGAACUCUGGGUGUUCCCCUUCACAACCCCCCUUGCCCUCCAUUUUCAUUAAAUAAGCACUUGUGUGUCAAGAUGCUCUCCCCUGCCUCCUUAGUGUGCAUCACUCUCCAUGUUACAGGUCGCAAUCAGUAUAAUUUUUUCAUAACUCUGAAACCGUGAUGUCAAGUGUGUGUGUGUGUAUUAUAUAUGUGUAUCUGUAUCUUGCUGUACGAAGCAUCUAGCUGCGUGCAUUCCUGUUCUGAGGAAGCUAUGCCCGGUUAGAGCAAUCUGUAGAGACUGUUUGGCUUAACGGGAAAGGUAUUUGGUAAGUAUGCAUUUAUGUAGUUAAGCAUUUAAACAGAGAUAUAUAUUCUGUUCGAUUACGUUCUUAAAACUUAUGCCAAGUCUCAUGUGCCCGAUACAUGCCUGAUACCUUGGCUCAAGUCUUCAGCAGGUAGAAGAAUUUGUAUUGCUGAAACUUGCACUGUCACUGUACAGAACCGAUGUGUGGCUUUGCAAGGACCAGUUGGUGUAAAAUCGGCUUGUCUCCCUGCUGCUUUAUGGGUGUGUCUCAGUCUAAUUCAGCUGCUCAUUCUGGGUAGCUUCACUUCUCCUGUUUUUUUUUAAAAAAAAAAAAAAAGCGCUUUAUUUUCUAACUUGCAUUGUCAUUUCUAGUCCAAAGAGGUCUUCGUUGAAUAUGCGUCACUGAAAGGUUAAGUUUCCCCUCUAAGAUACUGAGGGAUAUCAGAAAUGAUAGGGUGCCUGUAAGACAGUGAAUUUUAAAAUACUUAUUUUGUGAACUGUUACUACAAAUGGCAUGAGAUGAUACUUGCUGGUUGUGAUUUUCUUAAUUUCUACAUACAAAUGGGAAAUAACCUCUGUUAAAUUAGGAAGGGCUGCUGUAAGUUUUUGCUACCACUUCUAUCAGACUUUUUCCUUUCAUGUGC